AUAACAUAACCCAGAGAUGAGCGGUAAACACGGAACGGAGGAGAUCACCGAUCCGGUGGAGCAGAUGCUGAAAAGGACCGGUUGCAUAGAUUUACAUUACAAAGUUCAGGAGUGCAUAGCGGAAACGCAGGAUUGGCGCAAGUGCCAAGAUCAGGUCUCCAUCUUCAAGGAGUGCAUGAACAAGUACGUGGAGAAGCAGCGCAGCAAAAUCAACAACUAUUAGCAUGUUUCGGCCCACCAAGAUGGUCCUCAUAGUCCGCUCCGAUUUGAGGAUGGGCCCCGGGAAGAUCGCUUCCCAGUGCGCCCACGCCGCAGUU